CGACUUAAUUGAUGGCUUUUUUUUUUUGCUCACCGAAUCUUUCUGGAAUUGACCAACUGAGUAUUGGCCUGUGCCUUAAUUUAACCGUCGUGUAAAGUGUGUGUGAAUUGAAACAUCUACGACGUAUUAAGUAGGGGAGUCGAGAUAGUCACAGAUACAGUAAGUAACCGAGUAUCUUUUUUGGAUUAUAAAGAAUGACAUUCGAUAGUACCACACUAGAACUGCGCAUGUGUUUACAAGUCAGCGUUUUGCACUCCGAGAUACACCUAUGAUCUAUCCCAACGUCAUAUUUGGCGGGACCCGUAUUGCUAGUAUACUGUGAUAUCGAAGUUGCUAUGGAUACCGGAUGAUAACGAUAAUGCGUUCGUUCUUCCACGUAUAGAUGACCCGAGCCUUUGGAAUUAUUGUAAGCGAAGAAUUCAAUAUCGAGAUGGCGGCAAUCGAGCUACCCGUGACGAAUUUGACCGCUGAGCUAUCAGACGCCCAUUUAAUACCGUACCGGAACCAUGCCGUUAAGCUAUUUCUGUCUUUUACGAUGGUACUCAUAAUUACCGUAAGCCUUUUCGGAAACGGAUUGGUCGUACUUAUUGUCAUACUGAACAAAAAGAUGAAAACCCGCACGAAUCUUUUAAUAAUAAGCUUAGCAAUCGCGGAUAUCGGUUUAGCUGCCAUAGCGAUGCCAUUUUCGCUGAUUACUGUGCUUCGGGGAGACUGGCUCUUCAGUAAGGAGCUCUGCUACUUCAAUGCUUUUACCAACGCGCUUUUCUUCAUCGCGUCUUUACACGGCCUCAUGUACAUCAGCAUAUUCAAAUACUUUUGUAUCUUGAGACCAUUAAAACGGAUCGUCACAAAGAAGAAAACCAUACUAAUGAUCGUCGGAAUAUGGGCCACGGCUGUGGUUUGUGCGAUUGGGCCUUUUUUCAGCUGGACUACAAACGAGUACAAACCGGGCGCCACACAGUGCGGACCUGCGUACCCGGAGAGCGUCAAACAGAAAACGCACGCCGUGUUUGUUGCCACCACGGGAUACGUUAUUCCCCUUUCCACGAUGGCGUUCUGCUAUGGCAGAAUGUUCUUCGCCAUUCAUGCACACGCAAAACGUAUGAAGAAAAACACAUCAAUUUUACCAACUUCAAUUUCGAACACUCAGAAAAAGGCUACGAUAACUAUGUUCAUAGUCAUGGCGAUCUUCGUCCUAUGCUGGACGCCCUACUUCGUCUAUGCAAGCUGUUUGAUUGUCAGGGGAUUCCAUUAUUUGCCGUUAUGGUUUAACUCAUUUGCAUAUUGGUGCGGAUAUGCAAAUUCUGCCAUUAAUCCCAUGGUUUAUGUAUGGAGAUAUGAAUCUUUCAGGAAGGCAUUCAGAAAGCUGCUGUGCUGUCACAGCCAACUAUUGUUGUCAGGGAGUUCUCCCAUGGGUGACAUGUCGCCGGUAUCUUCGAGAAAAACUAGCAUAAUCCCCACGCCACCACUCGCUGUUAGAUAUACCAAAAUAAGUCUAUCGAACAGUUUGCAGACAACACCUACCGGAAGUCCUAAAAUUAGAAUCAUUCAGCCUCCUCCUUUGCCCGAACUUAAACUAAACGGAAUAAACCACAAAUAUGAUACAGAAAACGUACCAGAAGGUCAUAUUAAAUUUGAUUUGACCGUGGGUGACAAUGACAUCUCGAGGAGCGAGGCUAAUCUCGCUGCUAUCUUCGUGAAUGUCGAAGACGGCCUUGGAAGACGGAAAAAGACAAGUAGAAGAGAAAGCAUUGCUAAAUUUUUCAGGACAAGAUUCAAGAGCGUAUCCAACCGAGAUGACAUCAGUGGCGAAUCGGAAUCUGAAAACGAUGCACUACAUGCAACGUCUUGCCCAAGUCUAGCCUUUACUGCCAAUCAGAUAGAGAAUAAUUGA